ACACAGAUUUACCAAAAACAUCUUCGCGUGGUACAUCAGGUAGUUCAGGCCGUGCAACAGCUGUGUAUUAAUUACUUAAUACGCAGGCAAAAAGCUAGGAUAAGUUACGUUAGAGGUAGGCUAACGUUACUGCCAAAGCCUGGUCAGUUUGCUACAGGGUGUGCUACCUGUGGCUAAUCGUUGUUCCCUAGCAACAUCGAAUAUCUAUUUUAUCUGAAUACUAUCGACACAUUUUACUGAUAGAGUAUCUCAUAUCGAUCAAACGGUGAAUGCAACUCGUACAGAAAGGAGAAAAAAACACAGAGACGGAAUGGAUUAACCUUACUAUGUGCCAAGUUAGCCUGCUAUGGCAACUUGAGCUAAAAACAAGAUUAACGUUAACAUUAAUCAUAUACGUGGGUCAGCCUGCAGUCCCCUGACCUCUUCUGCAAAAUAAGGAAAUGUGAUGUUUUCUGAGCAAACUUUGUUGUCGUUGAAAAUAAUAUAUCUAGCAUAAGUGCAGGAUGGUAGGAAUAACAAAGAUUUAUGAAGGGGUCUGACUGGGUGUAGAGUGCACUGGCAAGGGGAAGUUAGUUAUCAAAUCGUCCUAGGUCUAAUGUUUAGGCUAGAUUUCUUCAGGGGAAUUUGCUGAUGUUCUGCACAGUUAGCCCAAUCCAAUAAUGGGUUAAUCACAAUUGCUUUACGUUUAUAGCCACAAUUGGCCUUUCAAACGGUACGGUCUGAAUAUAUAUGCAUAGGGUUGACCAUUGACUCAUCUCUAAACAUGUCAUGUGGGACAUUCAAGGUCUCAACAAAUGUCAAAUAAACACAUCAGAAAACCAGAGAGGCAGAGCUCAGAAGUCUUUGUGCUGGGUGAGGUGAGAACUACACGUGGAAGAGCAAGAUGAGUGCAAACAUCAGGCGUCAGGAGGAGCUGAUUGCUCAGAAGAAGAGGGAGAUUGAGGCCAAGAUGGCCGAACAAGCCAAAAGGAACCUACCUGCCCCCGCUAAGCCCCUUCCGGUUCCCAGCAUUCCUAGCCCACAGGGAUCCACAUCCAAUAAGUUUGUGAACGAUGGCAGCUUCCUGCAGCAGUUCAUGAAGAUGCAGAAGGAUAAACCCAGCAGCGACUCAGGCUCCAACAAUGUGGCCAAGGCCCCCUCUCUGUCCUCCAGCCCAGCGGCCCCCUCCACACCCGGCCCGGCGUCCGGCGGGCCACCGAAAAAGCACAUCCUGAUCGGGAAGCGUCCUGGCCUCGGCAUCAGCAGCAUGCUGAAGAGCUACACACAGGCCAAGAAGGCGCCGACGCGGCCGCCCAAGCCCAGCGUCUUCACUGAGGACGACGACGAGGGCGACGAGGCGGACCACGAGAGCAUGGACGUGCACUUCCUGGAGCUGAAAGUUUCCCCCCCAGAGGACCAGGACCUGCGGUGCAUCAUGGACAAGCUGGCCGGCUUCGUGGCCGAGGGAGGGGCCGAGCUGGAGCGCAAGGCCAUGGAGGACUACAAGGACAACCCGCUCUUCACGUUCCUGCAGGAUAAAAACAGCCGAGAGUAUCUAUACUACAGGAAGCGCGUGGCCGAGAUCAGGAGGGACACCCCCAGACCUGAGCCCGCCCCUACACACGCAACACACACUCGUGUCUCGUCCUCAGUGGCGGGCGAGACGCGGGAGGUGGCGGAGAAGCUGGCCCGGUUCGUGGCUGACGGCGGCCCAGAGGUGGAGGCCAUGGCAGCACAGCACAACCGGGACAACCCUGCGUUCAGCUUCCUGUAUGAGCCCCAGAGUGCGGCCUAUAAGUUCUAUCGGCAGAAGGUGGAGGAGUUCCAGAGGACAGGAGACCCCCCCAGCCCCACCUCUCCUUCCCCCACCCGCAACUCUGCUCCCGGGGCCCCCAGAGCCCCAGCACAGGCCUCCCCUCCCCAGCACUCUGCUCCCAGCCACGAGGCCCCUAGUGCCGCAGGAGCCCCCGCCACCAAGCGCAAACGCAAGAGCCGUUGGGGCGCCGAGGAUGACAAGGUGGACCUGCCCAUCCCCCCCAUCAUCGCUCCUACCGCCAUCGUCGACACAGAGCCCGACAUGCCAGCACUGUCCGCUCAGGAGCUAGCAGGACUGGGUUAUAAGAAGGGCAAGCCGGUAGGCCUGGUGGGCGUGACUGAACUCUCUGAGGACCAGAAGAAACAGCUGAAGGAGCAACAGGAGAUGCAGGAGAUGUUUGACAUGAUCAUGAAGCAUAAGAGGGCGAUGCAGGAGAUGCAGAUGAUGUGGGAGAAGGCUGUGCGGGACCACCAGCACGAGUACGACAGCGACGAGGAGGUGGACACACACUCGGGCACCUGGGAGCAUCGCCUGCGCAAGAUGGAGAUGGAGAAGACGCGUGAGUGGGCGGAGUCGCUGACGGAGAUGGGCAAGGGGAAGCAUUUCAUUGGUGACUUCCUCCCACCAGACGAGCUGGAGAAGUUCAUGGAGACGUUCAAAGCUCUGAAGGAGGGUCGUGACCCAGACUACUCGGAGUACAAGGAGUUCAAGCUGACGGUGGAGAACCUCGGUUUCCAGAUGUUGAUGAAAAUGGGCUGGAAGGAGGGCGACGGCCUGGGCUCGGAGGGGCAGGGCAUCAAGGCCCCUGUGCACAGGGGCACCACAGCUGUGGACGGUGCAGGCUUUGGUGUGGACCGGCCGGCUGAGCUCUCUAAAAACGAUGACGAGUAUGACGCGUUCCGCAAGAGGAUGAUGCUGGCUUACCGCUUCCGACCCAACCCUCUGAACAAUCCGCGCCGGCCGUACUACUGAGGACGCCAUUGCUUUCACUCGACUGUAAUUCCUCUGUGUCAUGUGUCUCUGUCUCUACAAGCAUAGGGAAGGCUAUGGCCCAUCUGAAUGAUUCACUGGAUUGUCAGAUUUUUGUAAGACUAGACUUUUUUUUUUUACUGUGCUAGGCAUCCAUGCGUCUCUGCGAUGUUUUGAAGUGGGAAGAGCUCUGGUGCUUAACAGUCUGUGCAUCAGGAGAGGUGGGGACACUCUGUAGACCUGAAAGACAGGUUAUUGUGUGUGUGUGUGUGUGUGUGUGUGUGUGAUGUGAGAAGAGCUGUGCACAUUGGUUCCUCAAAGCUUUCACAGGCGUCUACCAUGUUUUCCACCGUUCUGGAUGCCAUAGUGCCCUUGUGGGUUUUUAGCCUCAGUGACCAAGUUGUUUUAUCUGUUUCCUAGUUUGGUUUCCUUUUGUAAUUGUCUACAGUCUUCAGAAGUGGACCUCAAGUGGGCUGUUGUGGUGUGGGCCAGAGACAUGUUAAAACUGACAACCUCCAAAGCUCCACUUUUAAUAAAAACCAAACUGGAUCAA